CUCCCCUCCCCUCCCUAUAAAUCGCCUCCAUCCUCUCCCUUGUUUCUCUUCGCCUAGUUCUGCCUUCGUUUUCGUUCCCCAUUCUCAGUUUCUAACAGACCAACUAAACUCCAGGUCUUACCGAAGAUGAACCACUGUGUGAUACAGCAGACCAGCAGCGCCCUUUCGGUCUGCGAAGAGAUGCGUACGGCCAGAGACUCCGUGGUCUGCCCCAAACCUCGCCGUUACGGACUCCGAAGCGCCACCUUCCACGAUUCCGUCAGAUCUCUCCGUUGGCAGCUCGGGCAUCAAGGAGAGCUCUGUGAUUCAAAGGCAGGCUCUGAUGCUUUGGACAGUAUCUUAACAAAGGGGGUUGAACAGUUUUCCUUUACAGAAAUAGGCUCGCCGCAGCACCCAUUUUUCAGCGGGUCGCCACCGAGCAGAGUAGGUAACCCAUUGAUUCGGGAUGAUAGGUUUGGGAGUGAGAAGCUGACUCCAGUGUCGCCACUUUCUCCGGUGUCGUCAUCGUCUCCUUCUUCCUCAACGAGGAGUGGAGGAGGCCGUGUUCGUGCGAUUUUUGGGAGCAAGCCGAUAGUGAGGGUCGAGGGGUUUGAUUGCCUGGACAGGGAUAGCCGGAAUUGCAGCAUCCCUUCCCUGGCUUGAGGUACGUAGGAAAAUAUUUGAGGAUUUAGAGUGUGCUAUAAUCGGUUGAGAAAAUUUGAGAAGAAUAUUGGAAAUUCUCAGUAUGGGGAUGGAGUUGAUCCUUGUGCCGUACGUUGAUAUGCUUGAGGGAGUUACAGUAAAUGAGAUGUGUCUGUAAGUAAAUAUGAGCCGUUUAGGCAAAUAAUUCGAGAGAGGUCAUGUUUAGAUUUUAGGAGGGGUUGGUUGAGGAAGAGUCUCUGUACCACCUCUCUCUUGUAUUGUACAGAGUUGGAGUCUAUGCUUGGAAAAUUUUCAAUUUGUUUCCAUCUAGGUGUUUUGGUUGGUUUCGAUGAGCGGCUUAAGAAGGAAAUCUGUACAAAUCAAAGUUGCUGUUGAGUCGAUGUAAAGUAAUUUACAAUGUAUAUAUAUUUCCAUAAGUUUUUUUGUUUGUCCUUCGUCUUUG